CGCGUCGCGUCCUCGUAUCGUUCAGUCGAGUAGGCGCGUUUGCACGGUGUUGGUCUUCGGUAGAUAUCGCUGAAACGUCUCGACUGUGGCACCGGGAAUAAAGAUCAUACGCGCGCGCGAGUGUGACGUGUGUGCUCGUUCUAUCGUAACCGAUUCUAUCUCGCGCGUGGUCACGCGCGAGAGGAGAAGGGGAAAGGUCGAAGGGUUAAAACAGAGGUGAGAGACGAUGAGAGGCGCGUGUGAAAAUAGUGUAUAGUGACCGUUGAAAAGCUGGUGACUGUUAGCGCGUGUUCCGAGGGAAGACUAGCGAGAACGGGACGCCGUUGACACAAAGAAGAGGACAGUAGGGCCACGUCGGUGGUGAUUCUCGCCGUGAGGCCGCUUAGGACAUGGUCGAACGUCAUUGGAGCUGGUGGUGGAUUCUGGGACCGUUGACAAUGCCGAGAAUAUGCGUCGCACGGCCAUCGCACUGGGCGAGGCCCCAGCGGUCUCUCGUCGCGAUAUCCACGUUCUUGUUCAUCGGCCUGGUGGUCUGCUCUGGAACUCUCGCGUCUGCAACGAGAUUGAGGCACUCGAGACACCUGGACGUGAGAUCGCAGUUCCUGGGUGAGGGUGAAUUACUGGACGAUGAAAAUCACAACCACAAGCCGGUGUUCUCCGAUUGCUCGAAUUACGCGCCAACGGUGAAGGAAGAGGAACCGAUUGGCACUGUGGUGUUCCAAGUGCAUGCCGAGGAUAGAGAUCCACCGGAGGAAGGAGGUACUAUCACGUAUAGUCUUGUGACUGGUCCUGACGAGAGGAUAAAAUUUACAAUCAACAAUAGAACGGGUCUCAUCAGGACGACCCAGUGGAUCGACAGAGAUGAACCCUCCAGAGAAAAGGAGUUUUACCUUACGGUACUCGCAACCGACAAUGGAAGGCCGCAGUUGGAUGCCGUAUGCACAUUUAAAGUCACUAUUGAAGACAUCAAUGACAACGAGCCUGUAUUCGACAAAGUGGUCUUCCGUGGAGAUGUGUGGAAGGCAUAUACGGAAUCUGUGCCACAAGAUUUACCUGUGGGUCGCGAGGUCAUGCGCGUUUCUGCCACUGAUAUCGACGAUGGCGACAAUUCCAUCGUACGGUAUGGUCUAACAGCUAAGAAAUCGGAGGAUGCUGAAUACUUUCGAAUAGACCGCGACACCGGUGUCAUAUUCCUGGCCAAAGCUAUAAAGCGGAAUCCAGAUUAUAAAUUCAAUAUGAUAGCUUCUGCCGAGGAUACUGGCGAAAUCCCAAAGAGCUAUGUCAUUGAUCUUGACAUACGAGUUGUGGAAUCGCAUAAGAAAGCGCCAACUUUUCUACCGCGGCCGUCCGAACCGAUCAAACUUCAGGAAAAUUUUAGCGACUUCGAUGCCAGCAUUGUCCAUUUGAAAGCAAUUAGCAACAUUGAUAAUUCCAGUAAUUAUGACAAUUCCUACUUAGUCUUUGAGCUUGUGACUGGCAGAACGGAACAGUCUAACAAGAAAAACACGUUCAGAUUAGAAUCUAAUAAAGAUGUAGCGGAUAUCAAGUUAUCUCAGCAUCUUGAUUACGAAAGUAACAGGCAGUACUCGCUAAUAGUAAGAGUACAAAACAAGUAUCAAUUAGCAGCUGAAACACUUAUCGAUAUCGAAAUAUUAGAUGUAAACGACAACAUUCCAGUCUUCCGCGAUAUCAAAAGAGGAAGUGUGUUAGAAAAUGAGCCCCGAGGUGUUCCUGUAAUGCAAGUGCAAGCUAUUGACGCUGAUGGAACUUCCGCUAAUAAUCAGGUCACUUACCAGCUGGACAACUUUAAGGACCUCUUUGCCAUCGACCCGCAAACCGGCAAUAUUACAACAUUAGUAACAUUCGACAGAGAAGUUGAAGAUACCUAUAAUGUUAAAAUAAUAGCAAUGGAUAAUUCGCCUAGUGCUUUGUUCAAAACCGGGGAACACAAUAGAGGACAACAGGUGUUCCAAAUUGAAAUUGCUGAUAAGAAUGACAAUCCUCCUCGGUUUACUCAGAAAGUGUACACCCAUAAUUCAGUUUACGAAAACGUAAAUAUUAACGCGCCUAUAACUACAGUCGAAGCUAUUGAUUCCGAUACGGCGAGUCCUGUCACGUACAGCAUCAUAGCAGGAAACACUGAUAACAGCUUUUACAUUGAAGCUACAACGGGAAAAAUUCGCGUUAACAAGACACUUGAUUAUGAAAAAAUCACCAAGUACAAUUUAACUGUAAAAGCGUUUGACGGUGUAUUCAAUGAUACAGCACAAGUAGAGAUUUUUGUCGAAAACGUUAACGAUAAUCCACCGGUCUUUGAAGAGUUCAAUACAAGUCCGAACAUAAACGAAGAAACAUUGGUGGACGGAUGUAUCACCACUGUGAUAGCUUAUGACCCAGAUAUCGAAGACAGAAAUGCCGAUCAACAUAUUGCCUAUUUUAUCGUCAAGGAAGAUCAACAACUCUUGAUAGGAAUUGACAAGUAUGGUUGUUUGAAAUUGAAAAAGCCUUUAGAUCGUGAUCCGCCGAAUGGGUAUUCAACGUGGCCUGUUAUUGUGAUGGCGAGAGACGAGGAUGGUUCGUCUACGGCUCUUUCAAGUUUGGUGUCGGUUAACAUUACGCUCAACGAUAUAAAUGACAAUGCACCGUUUCUCGAUAUACCUUAUCCUGUCAUUUGGGGUGAGAACAAACCAGCUGGCAAGAUAACCGAUUUGAAGGCACGGGAUUACGACUCCGAAGAAAAUGGCCCGCCAUUUGAAUUCAGAAUUGCCGAAAACGCAGACGAUGAAAUCAAAUCUAAAUUUGACAUACGUGAGACUAAUUUAUAUACGCAGGUAGUGUUUGAUCGCGAAGAGCGAAAAAGUUACGAUAUACCGAUCGCGAUCACGGACAGUGGUAAACCGUCUUUGACCGGUACUUCCACACUCACUGUGAUCAUAGGCGACGAGAAUGACAAUCGCAUGCAAGAGGGCUCGAGUUCCAUAUUUGUUUACAAUUAUAAAGGAGAAGCUCCUGACAUAGAAAUAGGACGCGUUUACGUCAAUGAUCCGGAUGAUUGGGAUUUGCCGGAUAAAUCUUUCGAUUGGGCUUCUCCUCACGACGGUUUUCAUUUGAAUACCAGUACCGGCAUGAUCACUCUAUUGUCGGGUAUAUCAAAUAACACUUUUGUAUUAAAGUUCAUCGUCACCGAGCAAGGACGUCUUAUUGAUUCGCAUCAAGUACACGCCUAUGUGAAUGUCACUAUCAAGGAACUUCCUGAAGAGGCCGUAGAUAGAUCCGGUUCUAUACGAUUUUAUGGUAUGACAGCAGAGCAAUUCGUGGAGCCUGACGAAUCUGGCGUUAGUAAGAAGGAAAUAUUCCAAGAAAAAUUGGCAACUAUGCUGAAUACAUCAAUCGAAAAUGUCGACGUAUUCACUGUGCUUCAUUCGCCUCAUCAUAACAAUAAAAGCUUGCUCGACAUUCGAUUUUCAGCGCACGGGAGUCCUUAUUACGCUCCGGAGAAGUUGAACACGAUUUUAGCGCAACAUUCGAAAGAAAUCGAACGGGAGAUGAAGGCGGAUAUUUUGUUGGUGAACAUCGAUGAAUGCCUAAUCGAAAAACUUCAUUGUAACGAUUCAAAUUGCCGUAAUUUCUUGAAUGUUAGCAACAUUCCAUAUGGUGUUUAUACUAAUACCAGCUCGUUUGUUGGUGUUAGAGCGGUUGUAGAUCCGCAAUGCACUUGUCAUGUAGCGGAGCCUAUUGUCUGUUUAAACGGCGGUACUCCUUUGACAGCACGAUGCGAGUGCCCACCUGGUCUAGAAGGUCCGAGGUGCGAACUAUUGGGUAUUGGCUUUCGCGGAGAUGGCUGGGCUAUAAUGCCGCCACCUGGUCAAGCUUGCGCCGAUUCACAUUUAGGAUUGGAAAUAACGCCACAUACGGAGAAUGGUCUUGUAUUCUAUUUCGGUCCCAUGACUUACAGUCCUAAGCUUGGUAUCCAAGAUUUCAUGUCUCUGGAACUUCAACAAGGUUUUGCUGUUUUAUAUGUAGAUUACGGAACAGGGACUGUAAGACUAGAUCACAAACAGAUCAAAUUAACAGAUGGCAGGAACCACAGAAUAGACAUUUAUUGGACGAAAACUUCAAUAGAGAUGAUAGUUGAUAAAUGCAGCAUCUCUGCUUGCAUGAGUCUUACUGCACCAUACGGCCGAAAUGAAUUUCUAAAUGUUAACAGUCCAAUGCAAGUAGGCGGUACAGUAACUAAUUUAGCAUAUUUAGCAUCGAAGUUAGGAUGGAGUUAUGAACCGACUGACAAAGGAUUCGUUGGUUGUAUACGUAAUAUGACAAUCAAUGGAAAUACGUAUAACUUGGGUAUGCCAUCAUUAUCCAGAAACGCAGAUCCUGGCUGUGAUCAUAGCAUGGCAAAGGCCAUCUCGUUCGGAAUUGAUACGAACUUUAUAGUAGCUAUUUUGGUUUGUGUAUUGAUAUUACUAAUAUUGCUUGUGGCGGUAGUUGUGCAUAGAAGAAAGACGGAUGAUCUAUAUAAGGAUAUGGAUGAUAUCAGAGAAAAUAUUAUUAAUUAUGAGGACGAAGGAGGCGGUGAAGUUGAUACGGGUUACGAUUUAAAUGUCCUGAGAGCGAUUUAUGAUGCACCACCUAUCGACUCGAAAAUAGCUCCAGUUGGCCUACAGGGUAGAGGGGCCGACGAAGUUCCAGACAUUUGUGGCUUUCUAGAUGGUAAGAAAGAAAGCUGCGAUAAAGAUCCCGACACAAAUCCAUUUGACGACGUAAGGCAUUACGCUUACGAGGGAGAGGGCAAUUCGGAAGGCGAUUUAUCGUCAUUAGCUUCCUGUACUGACGAUGGAGAUCUCAAAUUUAAUUAUCUAUCUAACUUUGGACCAAGAUUUAGGAAAUUGGCAGAUAUGUAUGGAGAAGAUCCGAGUGACGAAGAAAGUGAUGGCGUUGGUGAACGAGAAAGCGAAAGUUGGUGUUGAGUUUUCCUAAAUGAGAACAUCAUAGAUAUAAAAUUUUAACAUAGAAAACGUAUACAGCUUGCAGAUUUGCUCCAGCUCCAGCUGUGGUUUAUGUAAUCAUAAUUAGGAGCAUACGUAUCGGAAAUUUUACAUUGUGCAGAUUUGUGCGCUGUUGUAGCUUCCAAUUCCAAUUAAUUGGAAAGAAACGAGGGAAUUGGAAAGAAACAUCUAUUGUACUUAAAUGAUACGAAACGUGGUCUCAUUUACCGAUUACUCUAAUUCAACAGAUGAAGAGAUGUAUAAGAGACGCCAUCUUAUAGACGCAUGUGUAAUUAAUGUGUGAUUUAUUAGUAGACGAAAUAAACUUUAUAAUUAUGAGUGACUAUACAGACGCUAUAUGAAUUUCGUUUACUCGUAAAAGUGAUGCGUAUCUUAUACUGACCCUUAAAAUGAAUUUUUAUAUUGUGUCGAUAAAACUUAGCGCAUUUAUGUUAUACUUUUACACUAGAAGUGAUAUUUGUGUAUAAAUGGAUGACGAGAGAAAAUAGUGCGUUCACUGUACGUUGCACGGAUAUGAACAGUAAAAGUUCUGGAUUUUCGUGUUCUUGUAUUUUCAUCAAGUUGUUAAGGACAAUCGACAUUUCCAUGCAUAUGUAAAUUUUUUUUUUAAUUUAAUUACUUAAAUAUAAUUACAUAUUUCAACCAGAUUAUAUAGUAAGCGAUGCUCUAUUAGUUAGAAGUACCAGCAGCAUAAAUAUUGUAUUAUGUAAACGGCUUAAUACUUCGUCGAUUAUUUUGUUUGGAGAUUACUUACUAUUGGAGGAAAUAUGAUAAUAUGAAGAUAUAAUCAGAGGAAAAACUGAGAGAUAGAGAAAAA